GAAGAAGUUGAAGGGGCUAAUACGAAUAUUCAAGAAGAUAGAGGACUCGCGGGAAAAUCAUAAAGUGGUGUCUUCAAGUUCGUUAUCGUCUCAUCCAAACGACCGGCUCUCUUUUCCCCGGCGACUGAACUUCCACUGACAACUUCAGAGAGCUUAGCCAUGCCGAUCAUGGCGUUUAUCUCUUCACCACCCUACAUUCCCUCUCUUUCUCGACCGUUUCAGAGCAACUUUCUCUUUUCUCCCAUUUCCUCUUCCUUACGGCGUUCUACUCCAUCCAGUUUAUUUGGCGCUCAAACUUUGGCGGCUUCCGGAUUUUGCUUUAGAAUACACUGUCGUGACAAAGAACGAGCUGCACCGGUUACUCAGAGCUCCGAUCCUAAGGCUGGUGUUCCGAUUUAUAAGCCCAAAACCUACGAGGUGUUAGUCUCCGAUGCUGCGAAUUCUCUUGCUUAUGCUCUGGAAGAUGGAAAGAUGCGCUUGGAGAUUGAUUUCCCACCCCUGCCUAGCAACAUUUCUUCGUAUAAGGGAUCUUCAGAUGAGUUCAUUGAUGCAAAUAUUCAACUGGCCCUGGCUGUUGCAAGGAAUCUUCAAGAAAAGAGAGGAACUAGAUCUUGCAUUGUGUUUCCAGAUAAGCCAGAGAAGCGGAGAGCUUCAGAGUUGUUCAAAACAGCUAUUGACUCGAUCGAUGGUAUAACUGUAAGUUCUCUGGACGAUGUUCCUGCUGGACCUGUCACAUCUUUCUUCAGAUCUGUUAGAAACACCCUUGAUUUUGAUUUUGAAGACGACAAUGCAGGUCGUUGGACAUCUAGUGACCCUCCAUCUUUGUAUAUAUUCAUUAAUUGUAGCACGCGUGAACUUGGUUUGAUAGAGAAGUAUGUGGAAACUUUUGCUUCGUCAAUCCCCACCCUGUUGUUUAAUCUAGAACUUGAAACCUUGCGUGCGGACUUGGGCUUACUGGGAUUUCCCCCCAAAGAUUUGCAUUAUCGAUUUCUCUCUCAGUUUAUCCCAGUGUUCUACAUUCGAAUCAGAGAGUAUUCUAAGACAGUAGCAGUAGCACCUUAUAUCGUUAAUUACAGUGGAGCAUUGUUUCGUCAAUACCCCGGACCUUGGCAAGUGAUGCUGAAACAAUCUGAUAAUUCUUAUGCCUGCGUUGCAGAGAGUGAAACAAGGUUCACCCUUGGUGAAACCAAAGAUGAACUACUGAGGGUCCUUGGACUACAGGAGGAGCAAGGAAGCUCACUAGAAUUUCUCCGCAGGGGCUACAAGGCUGCCACUUGGUGGGAAGAAGAUGUUGAUUCUGAAGUAUCUUCCGCAUGGCGUAGUUGAGCAGUACGAGUGUCGCAAUUAUUUCCUCCUCACAUUUUCAUGGCCACAACAUCGACGACAUUGGACUCCCAUUUCAAACGGAUGGCUUCUUUCUUAAAGACUCUCAUGGCUCUCUUAGAACGGUUACUGCAGGGAAAUUGUAUCAGCUCUUUCAACCCACCAACUUCAGAAGAUUGACACAGACUUCAAUCCAACUCAUUCACCUCUGGAGUUCGAGGUGAAGUAGUCUUGUACAUUUUAUAAGUCCCAAUAAAUUACGAUGUGUUGUUCAUCCUUGAUUCCGAGUUUCGUUUUCCUUUUUUCACUCAUGUUCCUUCAAAAAGUAUAAAUCAGGCAUCUCACAUGAUUUGAUCAUUGUCUAGAAUGAAGUUUAACUAUUUCCAUGCA